UGGUUUGAGAAUAGAGUAGAGGGAUGUGUUACUCUCUGGAAUACUCUGCUGUAAAAAACACAUUGUUCGACCGGAAGCAGCAAGAAGCUUCUCAAGAUUAUCAAGUGUAUGUGACUUCUUUUCUGACUUUUCACGUUCCUGCUAGAAGGUGUUAAAUGUAUCAUGCAUAGCUCUACAUCAUAUAAAGCCACCUUUACAUCCUUUCCUUACUGCACUGCUUCCUUCAUACCACUGGCCACUAACAGUAUAACAAGGCGCAAGGACCAACAGUUAGAAGAUGGCUUUGGCUCGUUUAGCUUUAAAGAAUGUACAGCAGAGGACGAUGGCCUCAAGCCCCUCGACCACCUUCUCUAGGACUGUUGACAAUCUACAGAAACUGAGAUGGAGUUCUGACCUUGUAAAUCGUUUCUCCACAGCUGGUGAUGGUGAAGAUAAAACAGAGAAACGUGAAGUAGCAGUCUCUGAAGGUGGCAAGAAGUCCAAGCUCUUUCCUAGGAGACGCGGUCGCGGCAGUCUCGGGAGACGCCGCAAUCCUGACUUUGCACCUGCUAUUUGGGAUGUUUUACCUUUUGGACUUGGAAAUGCAUUGAUUCAAGCUUCGGAGAACAUCAACAGGCUGUUUGAGAAUCUGAACGUGAGUCCCUCACAACUUAUGGGUAGAUAUAAAAAGGACGACAAGAGCUACAAAAUCAAGUAUGAUGUGCCAGGUCUCGGGAAAGAGGACGUGAAAAUCACAGUGGAAGAUGGGAUACUGAGGAUAAAGGGAGAGCACAAGGAAGAGCAAGAGGAAGGUUCAGAUGAUGAGUUCUGGUCUUCAACAAGCUAUGGAUACUACGACAACAGCAUUGUGCUUCCUGAAGAUGCCAAAGUUGAUGAGAUCAAGGCUGAGAUGAAAGAUGGUGUCUUGACCCUCACUAUUCCUAGAACUGAGAAGCCUAAGAAAGACGUUAAAGAAAUUCGAGUCUUGUGAGCUCCAAAAUGUUAUUCAGUGCUGUAAUAAUCCCAGCCCGAUCUAGUUUUCGUUUUUCAGUCCAGAUGGAAAUAAAUCUGUACUACUAGUAACUACGAACUCUGUUUUCUGUUCUUAAUUUCGCUAUUCGAAUAAAAGAGUGCUAUGCGUGUGUGUUCUGACACUA